AUGGCAAAUGCUUGGAAGAUAAUCAAGAACGCAGCAUUUGAUGCUUUGUAUCCCCUUCAUAGGAAGCUGUCACAAGCUUCCGAAAGAAGAGCAAGGCAACGAAAGAAGUUCCCAAUUGCAAUCGAACAAAUGCUUGUGGGUUUUUGGAAGGCUAAUAUUGACAAAAGUGGAUCCAUUGUGACUCGUGGUAAGAACUAUAGGAUAUGCCACCUUUUUCUCCACCAAAAGCUGGCAUUGGGGGACUCAAAAGGCUUUCACCAGCCUAAAAUGCUUCUUGCAUCACUUACCUAA